AACUUCCCCCCUCAUUCUAUGAUUCCCACCCUGUCCUCAUUCCCCUUCCUCCUCAAUUUCCCCAAAAACGAUUAAAAAACCGAUCUUUAAUCCUUCCACUGUCACAGUCAUCAAAUCAAUCAUCCAUCUUCACCCCAUCAAAGAGGGCAGGAUCCCAGUCCUGUCGCCAGUCAAAAGGCAGAGAAAAAAGGGGGGUUUUUUUUUUUGUGCAUUUUGAUGAGCCUAAUUUUACCCAAAAAUGCUGCGGGCGUCACCUGUCAGUACAAGCUUGGGUUCGCCCCCUUCUUCUUCCUAUAAAUGCCCCUCGGCUCCGACAAUUUCUCUCAACCUCUACAAACCCACACAUAAGUCCUUCAAAUCCACUCCAACCGCCCACAGGGUAAGCUCGAGAACCGCAAGGAGUAGAGGAAGAAGAAGAAGCUCCGAUCCCAGUCAGGCAUCGUUCUCUUCUCUUGUCGGGUCCUACAGUUCCUGCAUUUCUUGGAACAAGGGGAGGGAGAUGGUUGGAGAUCAGUGCUACAUUGUUGGCGGGACCCUUCUCUUGGGAUCCCUGCUGGGUCUGCUCUUCUACAGCGUCCUCCGUCAGGGAAGAAAGAACGGGAAGAAGGGAGAGAAGGGAGUGAACGAGACGCGCGGUCCGGAGAUUCUGAGCCCCCGGAAGAGCGGCUCCGGCCCUGCCGACGUCAUCAUUGUCGGCGCCGGUGUCGCCGGCUCCGCCCUCGCUCACACCCUCGGCAAGGAUGGAAGGAGGGUUCAUGUCAUAGAGAGAGACUUGACCCAACCCGACCGCAUCGUCGGGGAACUCUUGCAGCCCGGAGGCUACCUGAAGCUAAUCGAAUUGGGUCUUGAGGAUUGCGUUGAGGAAAUCGAUGCCCAGAGGGUGUUUGGAUAUGCUCUGUUCAAGGAUGGGAAGAACACUCGACUCUCCUAUCCACUGGAGAAGUUCGAUGCCGAUGUGUCUGGAAGGAGUUUCCACCACGGGCGGUUCAUUCAGAGGAUGAGGCAAAAAGCCACCACUCUUCCCAAUGUGAGAAUGGAACAAGGAACUGUUACUUCUCUGAUCGAAGAGAAUGGAAGUAUCAAGGGAGUGCAUUACAAAACCCAGUCAGGGCAAGAGGUGGACGCAUACGCUCCCCUGACGAUCGUAUGUGAUGGUUGCUUCUCGAACCUGCGCCGCUCACUUUGCAAACCCAAGGUGGAUAUUCCUUCACACUUUGUUGGUCUAAUCCUUGAGAACUGUCAACUUCCAUACUCGAACCACGGGCAUGUAAUUCUAGCCGAUCCUUCUCCAAUCUUGUUCUACCCGAUUAGCAGCACUGAGGUCCGGUGCUUGGUGGAUGUGCCUGGACAGAAGUUGCCUUCCAUUGGUGGUGGUGAAAUGGCCAAUUACCUGAAGACUGCAGUGGCUCCACAGGUGCCGCAAGAACUUCGGGAAGCCUUCAUUGCAGCAAUUGAGAAAGGCAACAUAAGAACUAUGCCGAACAGGAGCAUGCCUGCUGAUCCGCAACCCACGCCCGGAGCCCUUCUUCUAGGAGAUGCUUUCAACAUGCGCCAUCCUUUGACGGGUGGUGGAAUGACAGUGGCUCUCUCCGAUAUCGUCGUUCUCAGGGAUCUCCUCAAGCCAUUGCGCGACCUCAACGAUGCGGAGGCUCUGUGCAAUUAUCUUGAAUCCUUCUAUACUUUGCGUAAGCCGGUGGCGUCGACAAUUAAUACAUUGGCGGGUGCCCUGUACAAGGUUUUCUCGGCUUCUCCGGAUCAAGCAAGGACGGAAAUGCGCCAAGCAUGUUUUGACUACUUAAGCCUCGGUGGAGUUUUCUCAAAUGGGCCCAUGUCCUUGCUCUCGGGUCUCAAUCCCAAGCCAUUGAGCUUAGUCCUCCACUUCUUCGCGGUGGCCAUAUAUGGAGUUGGUCGCCUGCUUCUUCCUUUCCCUUCACCUAAGCGCCUCUUGAUUGGGGCCAGAUUAAUCUCGAGUGCAUCGAGCAUCAUUUUCCCGAUUAUAAAGGCUGAAGGGCUGAGGCAGAUGUUCUUCCCCCUGACGGUUCCAUCUUAUUACAGAGCCGCUUCAGUCAAGAGAGAGUGAGGCACAUUGAAAGAAUUUCUUGAUUAGUUGAGAAAAUUGUGGUGAUAAUCAACAUCUUCAUUGUUUCUCUUCGACUGCAGAAGCACCCUCUGUAAAAUUAUUGUUUGAUUCUAAAUAUUAGUUAGCAAAGACUGUUCAUUCCUUCGUGCUUGCCAAAAGAGAAAUAUUCUAUUACCGGUUUGGAACCCA